AUGGACGAUAUAGAUUGCGAUAGGUCUCUAAAUGUUCUUGUUAAAGAAGAUAACAAGAUGAAUUUUAAUCACAGAAAAAACGAAGUUUAUGAGCAUCGGGAGGAGAAGAAUGAUUUCUCUGCUUUCAGAUACAUGGGCUGGAAAUCCCAAAACUUGAGGGUGGUAAUACUCAUUCUUGCGCUUAUUUUUAUGCAAAAGCCCAUAUUGUGUAUGGAUGUUCAGGGUAUAGAUAUAUUUCCCCGUCAAGAUGAAUUCGUCCAAACCUUUGGUGGGACUACAACCGUAUAUCCCGAAGCUUCUACCAAAGUCGUGGAUAAGUUUAUAAAAAAGGAACCAAAUUGUGGUUCUUCAAAACCAUCUGAAGGGCUGUUGGAUGUUCCAUCAGAAUCUCCAAAGGAUCAAGGUGUUUCCUCCAAGAAUAAAAAAACUUUUAGCAGAGAUACUUCAUUACCCACCGAUGAUAAGCAGGAUGAAUUGAAUGCGUACAAACGGUUAGAGUUUGUAUCAUCUCAUACAGAGAAUACAAAGUUUUCCCUCGAUGCAGUAGAUGGUCAUGUUGGCGGUGAUUUACAUGAAUUUGAAGCUAUUAUACAGAGUUUGAACAAGCUAAAAGGUACAAUGAUUAAGCAUAACCUUGAUUUGGAUGGGUAUAUAUUGAGGGUAAAGGAGCUUAGACAUGCUAAUGUACAUUUGUGUGCCAGUACAAGUGGGUCAUGUAAAUUUUGUUCCGCUAUGGAAGUUUUGUAUAAGGAGUUUGAUUUUGUAUUACGUGAGAUCGAUAUGGUAAGAAAGGGGAAUAUUUACUAUAGCAGAGAUUCUGGGCAUAUUUUAGACAAAAUCACAGUAAUGGAGGCUCUUCAUGGCUUAUAUAUAGUGUACAGGACUCCGUUUACUGUUCUAAGACACAAUUUUGUAGUUUAUAGACGCAUGGAAAAUUUUGCUUCCAAGGUAAUGUUCCAUCAUGUACCGAAUGGAUCUAAAAAGCUCUAUAAAUAUCUUUAUCACUAUUUUAACAAAUCUAUGGAAUGGAUAUAUAGUUCUGGAAUUAAAUUGCUAAGAUAUACGCAUUUAUCCAGGAAUUUUUUCGCAAAAAAGAGCCUUGUGCUGGAUAGUGUAAUAUCCAAAUUCCUAAACAUGGAAUUUCAUAUAAAUGUCUAUGAGCACGAGAAGAUCGAGGAACCAACUUUAUUAUCUGUUUACUGGUCAAAGAUAAAACGUUUAUUGUAUAAACAUUAUAUGUAUACCAAAUUUGCGGUACUUAAAAAUAGGAGCAUUGAUAUUUUAAAAAUUUAUAGUCGUCCCUCUCUGCAAGCUGCAGAUGUAGAUUCUGGAUAUAAUUUAGACUACAUAGACUCCGAACAAUCAGGGGACCUUUAUUAUUUGAAUGAUUCCAAGUAUUCUAUUCUCACUGUUUUAUUGAAGAUGUACUUAUUUAAGCUACUUGUUACUCUCCAAAGUGUUUUUAUACAGAUUCUUAGGCACGUUUGCCUAUUCUCCCACAUAUUUGUCAAACUACCGGGAAAUGAUGUAACUGUUGACACGUACAGUGCCUCUCUAUGGCAUGUAAAGGAUGAUUCAAUUUUCAAUCUCAAAAAUUCGUACAUAAUUCUUAGGAAUAUAUCCCUAAUAACUUUGCACAGAUUUGACAAAUUCCUUGACUUUUGUUUCAGUUAUGCUAAUACACUGAAUCCAGAACUUUCUGUUUUGGUACCAAGGGAUCUAUCCAAUCGUAUUUUCUUCAUUUCAGUCAUAAUCAUAAUUUCACUUCUUAUGAUACUCUUUUUGAGAUUUUUGAUGAGCGUUCUGUCAUUGUUGCUUAGUGGAUGUAUUUAUGGAUCUAGUUCAUCUCUGAACAAGGGAAGGAUGAGAAACAUGUACCAAAAAUCUCUCUUUAGACGUCUUAUACAAACUCUAAUGAAGUCAUUCACGCCACAAAACAAAACACAUCCAAGGAGAAAGCAUAGGCACUAUCGCAAUUAUGACGAUGAAAAUACACACGACAGCUUUAAAGCGUAUAAGCCUAACACACGAAUGUAG